AAUGACGAAGAAAGAGACAGAAAUAAAUAAUUGCAGUAAGAGUAGCGCAAGAGGAAGACCAGAAGACGAAGUAAAGAGAGGCAGAGAAAGUAACUGCAUUAUCCAUAACUCCCUAUAGAGUGCCCUGAGGUGGGCAAGGAGGGUAAGUCAAGUGACAGGAGUCUUGUGAUAGGGGUGGGAUCAGGCCGGAUAAACAGUUUACCAGGCAUUAAGCACACCACACACAGCCAGCCUUCCUGAAACCCAUUAGAUAGGCUAGGGUCAAGUUCAUACAUCACAGAACGGAAGAAAACAGAGUGAAACAGAGAAGAACUACAUGAACUUGUCCAAUAAGAACUGCUUGUUUUUCAUUUUCUGUUAAAAAAUAUGUUUUGCUAUGGGGAAGGGAGGAUUGGCUGGUUGGCCUAUUCUAGUGCUGGUAUGUAGAGUACAGAUCCUUCACUGUAUUUCAAUUGGAUUUUUGUGUGGGCUGGAGUUGGGCUGACAGAUGGUGUUCUUUUGUUAAUCCUGUGUUUGUGUGUGCGUGUGUGUCUGUCUGUCUGUCUCUCUCUCUCUCGCUCUCUCUCUCUCUCUCUCUCUCUCUCUCUCUCUCUCUCUCUCACGUCAUCAAAUGAACUUCCAAGCUUAUUUUCUGACUCCCAAUCAAAUCUGCAGUGGACUGUUUUGACAUUUUUGACUGCAGUAACAUAUGCCAGUCGCUAGACGGGAACAUUGCACUGCCCUGCCCUGUCUGCAGGUCAAACACGCCAUCUGUCACUAGUGGGUCUGUUUCUGUGUUUACCAUUUCACCAGAGAUGAAUGUCUCAAAUGUGAGACUGAGUAAUGCUCAACAUUUGUAGGACGAACCUCUCGAGUGUGAUAAACCACCGGCAUCUUAAUUUAUCAAGACAAACAGACACUUUGACAAACUAUGUUGUGUGACUCCGUCAUAUCUCUUUCUCUUGGACCCGUUGCACAGAUAUAUGACCCAUAUUGCAGAAAAGCCCGGAUUAUUUUUCACAGACAAAGACUAGAGGCCAACCACACACACACACACAAUCAUUGAAUAGUCAAAUGUAUUGCGUCUGUAAAAAAAAAGUGAUGAAAGUUUGGGAAUUAAUAAUGUGGCCAAUUUAAUCUGAUGAGCGCACGAUAAGAAAAUAGCAUUGCAAAUGUAUAUAACUGUUCACGUUUAUAUUAUGUAGAAUGGGCGGGUACAAAUUAGACGAGGGUGUUGGGGGUUGUCACACUUGGAAACAAUGGAUCAGGGGGAAAAUAUGAAUAAAAUCAUCUCUCCGAUGACCACUUGAAAUCAAUCUUUGUUACUAUGACUUCUGCAUAGAAAGAGUUUACGUUAGAAGCAACAUUUCAACGGGUUUGGGCAACAUUUUAUAAAGAGAUUAGCUGUUAAACCUAGGCCUACUUUAUUAAAGUGACAGAAGUCAGAAUCAUUUGCGAGUUGAAAUCCGGUGGGUGAAUUCUAUUCGAUCUGCACUUUCAUACAAGACAGCAAUCAGACUGAAACUCCCCAUAUUUACCUCCGUGGAUCAAUGCGGUGGGUAUUGGAGUGGCUGAUCACUGAAGUGGAAGAACAAGGAUGACUUUCUCCUGUGUGUUUUCCUGCCUGGUUGACAGACACCCCAUAGAGUUGCUGCUUCUCUCCAUCACAUCCCUUUAGUGUCCAGCUGGUCUUGCCAUCACACCUCGCAGCUUCUCAAACAGUUGGGAACACAAUCUGACAAGAACUCUCACCCUCUCUCUCCCACUCAUCUAGUGGCACACACACACUUUCACUGUUCUGUCUUGUAGUGGCUGAACACCACUACUAGCCCAUAGCCAGGGUACUCCCACACCUGCACACGCACACACACAUUAUGGCAAGCGUGUUGCCGUACGGCCGCUUCACUCACGCCGUGGUGCGGGGCAUCCCAGAGACCUUUGGGAAGGUUGAAGACGAGAAAAACAACAAGGUCGAAAACGGGGAAACCACGAUGGACCUGGCCAAAGCACAGCGACAGUUUGGGGUGCUGACAGGGGCGCUGAGACAGAAGGUGGGGCUGCAGCUCAUAGAGAUCCCUGCAGACCCAGAGCUACCAGAGAGCUGGAGGAUAGAGGAUGUAGCUGUGAUACAGGGAGACACGGCACUCAUCACCAGGCCUUUCAAACAGCAGAGACGCAGUGAGACUGAAGCGGUGAGGAGGGUGAUGUCAGAGCUCAACCUGACAGUGGUGGAGAUGGGGGCAGAGGAGGGGGGCUCCGCAGGGGCCACGCUGGAGGGCAGUGACGUGCUCUUCACUGGCAGGGAGUUCUUUGUGGGAAUCUCCUCCCACACCAACUACAGAGGAGCUGAGGUUCUGGCCGACACUUUCAGAGACUUUGCUGUGUCCACGGUGCCAGUGUGUGGGGGAGCUCGUCUAAAGAACAUCUGCUCUAUGGGAGGUCCUGAUACUAUCAUCAUCAGCAACAGUGAUGGGGCCAAGAAGACCCUCCGGAUGAUGGAGCAGCUGACUGAUCACCACUACGAAGUGCUCACGGUCCCUGAGGGUGCAGCAGCUAACUGUGUCUACGUCAGGGGCCCCUCCAAAGUGGACUACCUGCUUCACCCGCCCACUGAAGAGUGUCCCGAAAGUUUUCCUGCCUUCCAGAAGCUGACGGACUACACCCUCCUCCCCACAGCGUGCAGUGAGGCCUCCAAGCUCGGAGGGUCUCUGACUUCAUUCUGCCUACUUAUCAACAGGAAGACAUACUACUAAAUUCCCUGCCCUUCUCCCAUAGAAGACACAUAGACCUUCAUUGACUAUAUUUAAAUACAAAUGUGGACAUUACAAAGACAUCAACUGUUG